AGUCGUUUUAGUCGACUGUUAGACUACUGUAGUGUUAGUCAACCCAUUGAUUGACUCAUAUUUUUUUUUUCUCCCUUCAAUACAUUUGUGCUUAUAAUACACACAACAAUAUACAGUAAUAUCCUAUCGUUUAUUGAGUGAACAAAAUAUAUGUAUUGAAAAACAGUGUUUGACUUUUCACUUAUCAAUUGACUAUAAGAUGGACUACAAUAACAACAACAACACAUUGAAGACAUCAUUGAAGACAUAACACAUCGCUGAAGACACGAGUGUUUGAACUGUCUGUCUGUCUGUGAUUGUGUGACCCAAUUGGAUGACAUCCUAACUGACUGUCUGUCUGUCUGUCUGUUGGAUGUGAGCAACAGUUCCCGUGUUUUUUUUUUUUAAGUGACAGUUGUUGUCUUACCCGACGAUAUUUUUUUUUGGUCGUCGGGUUUCAAAUGGGAGCCCAAAGUACCAAAGAUCAGUUGCGGCCGAUUGGUCUGCAAAAUGGCAAUUCACUGCAACAACAGCUGCAGCAGCAGCUGAUCCAACAGGCGUACGGUAUUAAUCCGAAUAUCAAUCCGAAUGUUACCCGAAUAGCGACCAUUUCGGGUAUCAAACAGUCGAAUAAACAGCGGCACAAGUUUGGCCACAAUAUCUUUAUCGAACACAAUGAAGCCCUACUGCAAAACCGGCCGUUGCCUGAUAUACCUGACCACUCGGCCGGAUCGUCGGUCAACUCGGGCGGCCAGUUGCACACUAGCGUUACGGAUGACUCGCCAACGAUGGCGUCGGGAGGAGGAGGAGGAGGAGGAGGUCAGAGCGGCAGUGGUACUGGUGGUGGUGGUGGCGGCGGCUCUAUGGAGACGAUGCCACCACCGCAGCGAUGGAUGUCCAAAGAGAACCUGUUGUCCCAAUCGGACGAACCAUUAGAUCCUCAGCUGUUUGUUGCCUUAUAUGAGUUUCACAGCGGCGGCGAAAAUCAAUUGUCAUUAAGAAAAGGAGAACAAGUUCGGGUACUGUCGUACAAUCGAUCGGGCGAAUGGUGCGAAGCCCAGUCCCGAUCGGGCCAAGUAGGUUGGGUGCCGUCCAACUAUAUAACACCGGUGAACAGUCUCGAAAAGCACAGUUGGUAUCACGGACCCAUUUCACGCAAUACGGCCGAAUAUUUGCUCAGUUCGGGCAUUAACGGUUCGUUUCUGGUCAGAGAAUCGGAAUCAAGUCCUGGCCAACGAUCGAUAUCUUUGCGUUACGAAGGCCGAGUCUAUCACUAUCGUAUAAGCGAAGACAACGAAGGUUCGGUGUACGUGACCAGCGAGUGUCGGUUCAAUACACUAGCCGAACUGGUUCAUCAUCACAGUACCAAUUCGGACGGUCUGAUUACGAUGCUUCUGUAUCCGGCACCCAAACGCAAUAAGCCGACAGUGUUUGCCCUGAGUCCCGAACCGGACGAAUGGGAAGUUGAUCGUACGGACAUUGUUAUGAAACAUAAGUUGGGCGGUGGCCAGUACGGCGAUGUUUACGAAGCCCACUGGAAACGCUACAACAUGACCGUUGCCGUCAAGACGCUCAAAGAAGAUACUAUGGCUUUGAAAGAUUUUCUGGAAGAGGCGGCCAUUAUGAAGGAGAUGAAACACCCGAAUCUGGUACAGCUGUUGGGUGUCUGUACUCGUGAGCCGCCGUUUUACAUAAUCACCGAAUUCAUGAGUAAUGGCAAUCUGUUGGACUUUUUGCGUAACGCCAACCCGAACGAAAUAUCGGCCGUAGUACUGAUGUAUAUGGCCACACAGGUGGCCGCCGCCAUGGCCUAUCUGGAGGCACGCAAUUUUAUUCAUCGCGAUCUGGCCGCCCGAAACUGUCUGGUAGCCGAAAGCCAUUUGGUUAAGGUUGCCGAUUUUGGUUUGGCCCGAUUGAUGGGCGACGAUACAUAUACGGCUCACGCGGGCGCCAAAUUUCCGAUCAAAUGGACAGCGCCAGAGGGUCUGGCCUACAACAAGUUCAGUACAAAAUCAGAUGUCUGGGCGUUCGGUGUACUGCUCUGGGAGAUUGCCACCUACGGUAUGUCGCCGUAUCCCGGAGUCGAGUUGACCGAUGUCUACCAUAUGCUCGAAUCGGGUUAUCGUAUGGAAUGUCCGCCCGGUUGUCCGCCGCGAAUCUACGAACUGAUGCGACGAUGUUGGCUAUGGGAACCGGCCGAAAGACCAACGUUUCGCGAUAUACAUCACGCACUGGAAAAUGUAUUCCAGAAUUCAUCGAUUACCGAAGAGGUCGAGCGGCAACUCGAAAGACAAACACCGAGCAAAAAACAGUCGCAACAACAAUUGACGGGCAGUUCGCCGAACUUACAUCAACUGGCCACUGGUCCCGCAUCGAACGUUCCAGUGGCCACAACUCCUACCGCCGACAUGAUGCCCGAACAGCACAUGUGGGCCAGUCAGGGCUCGAAGCCGACGGGAAUCAUAUCAACUAAAUCGACUGUUGUUCAGUUGCGUCGCGGCGGCGGUGGCGCAACAAGCAGUGGUAGUGGGGGCGGUGGUGGUGGUCAAGUCAAGUCGAAACAAGCACCGAUUCCGCCGAAACGGACGUCUAGUUUUCGUGAUUCGACAUAUCAGGAUCAACCGCUCGGCGACGACGAGAUACUGGAGGGCGCGCGUGAAACGAUGAAUGGCAUCGAAAAGGUGUUCGAGUCGUUGAGUCAAGAGUUGCGUUUUGACGAACAAAUGUUGGCCAUGGAAGCCGACAAUUGUCUGCAAACGUUAGAAGAGUUUCACAACCGUAACAGGGCGUCGACCCGAACGAAAAAGUCGAAAAGUGGUCAACGGAGACGAGCCGAAGACGAUGGUAGUCAUCGGAAGGUUCAGGUGGCCAGUCUGGAAGUGCACAAUGUUAAGCGAGCCAUCAACCGUUACGGAACAAUGCCGAAAGGUGCCCGAAUUGGCGCUUACCUGGAAUCGCUUCGGCACACUCAACCGGAUGGACAGUUGUUGCAGUUGGAUGCGGUCAACGAAAACGCACUCGACUCGGACCUCAUGUCGCCGGUAGACUUUUCGGUCGGCGCCGAACCCAGCAUAGCAGUGGCCACUAUUGGCCGACACAUGUCGAAAAAUCGCAGCAAAUCCAAGGACAAUCGAUACGCCGAUGAAAACGCCCGCUACUCGUUCAGAGGUUAUCUUCAGCGACAGAAGUCGGAUCUGACGCACUCGAGACCGGUGGCCGACCUGUGCGAAGCCGAUGUUAUGAUGCUUGACAGACACGUGACGACGGCUGGUGGUGGCGGCGCCGUUACCGCCAAUCUUAACAGCAAACAAUCGUCGAAACAUUUGACCUCAAAACCGGUAGCCUCUCCUCGAUUGCCGCGCAAUACUCAACGAAACAGUUCUCAGAGUCGAAAGAGUCCGAAGUCAACUCUACCGUUGCUUUUGGCCAACAAUGAAAUGAACGGCAAUAAUAAUAAUAAUAAUAAACUACACUUUGGUGGCGGUGGUGUCCGACGCAAUGGUGAUAAUUACGAGCCACAAACGGAACUUCCGUCACCGCCGGCACCGUUCGGUUCGAGUGCAAUACGGCGUACGCUUAAAAAGCAACACCGACCCAAAGACCGACCGCCCAGUCCGCCGCCCGGUCUCGGAAUGACCCGAAGCAGUUCGUUCGACUAUUGCGAUCACAAUAUGAACAACCAACAUCAACUACAACAACAAUAUACUAUCGCCGCCACCAACAGUGUCGGCACUCCCAGUCCCGAACACUUGGGCCACACAACCGCCGCCGCCGCCCACACUGUUCACUCGCCGCAAACGUCGUCACAGGCGGCCUCCCGUUCCCAAUCGACCAACUCGAGUCCCCAGCAUUCGUCUACAAAGGCUGAGAUCAGUAGUCACGAUCAGCUUAUUGACGAAGAGGACGACGAGUUUCCGCCGCCACCGCUCGACACACUGCCCAAUGAUGACGACGACGAUGACUAUAAAGACAACAACAACAUUACCAACAAAGCGGUGGAUAGUAAUCGAGUGACGAUUACUACCGGUACUACUAAUGAGACGAAAUCAAAAUGCAAUUCAAGUGACUUAUCGACGACGACGACAAUCGGCCCGAGACUGGCCGCCGGAGCUCAGAAUUUAAAUGACCACAAGAGUCCCGCCGCACAACUUGUCUCUGAACUGUUCGAGAGUUUCAAAAUGAAGGCUCAAAAGAAACGCCAACAGACAGAGAUGCCGACGACAACGACGACGACGAACAAUAAGAUCGAUAGUCAUCUCAAGUCAUCAAAGAUAUCAACGCAACAGCAAGAGAUUCACGCGACCACAACUGUUGUCAUCGGCGGCGGCGGCAGUGGUGGUGCUAACAAUGGCACGCCUUGUAAUAGUAGUAGUAGUAAUAGUGCUGUGAAAUCAGUUAUCAAUAACAGUUCAAAUCAAAAACAAUCGUCAAAAUCAUUCUUAAGGCGAUUCCAAUCGAAACCGGGUCCCGAUUAUCCGGCGCCGGCACCGCCAGUACCGCCACAGUCGCGCAAUUCAAUUGUUGCCGAAUACGUAACCCCCGUACUGAAGAAGACACCGCAAAAACCCAUCGAAACGAUCAAAUCUAAUGAAGACAAGAACAACGACAAGAGUGGUGACAAUAAAUACCGAUUGAAUAUUAAUAAGAAUAAUAAUAUUAAUAAUAUUAAUACUAAUUUUAAUAUUAGUAAUAAUAUUAAUGACAACAAAUGUGUUGUCAAUAAGUCAAAUCCGAUUAGCUCAACAAACGGUGGCCCGAAAAAUGUUGGCCACAUGGCCGCCGCCACCACCACCAGUGAUAGUAGUAGUCAAUCAAAACAGCUGCAGCAGUUGACGGCAAAGUUGUCGCCGCCACCGCCUACUCCUCCUUCGCAGCCGUCGGCGACCAGCGGUUACGACGCCGACGACGAAAGCAAACGCCAUUCGUCGAGUAGUAUAACGAGUCUGAAGAAGUUAUGGGAAUCGCAGGCCAUUAACAAUAAUAGCAAUAAUUUGAAUAACAAUAGCACUACUGAUGGCAACAUUGAGACGACGACGACAAACAACAACAAAUCCAUUGAUAAUAAUAGUAGUACUCAUAUCACAUCAUCGACAUCGACUACCACGACUCACAAGACAACGACGACGACCAACACCACCACAUCUUCGACGACAAAUAGUCCGAAAAUUCAUGUCAAAAGAUCGGCCGAUGUCUUGAAAAGUCUGCGCCGAUCCGAUAAUAGCGCGUCAGCUGACAAUAUUGUGUUCAAAAUUAACGAAGAACUGGAGGACAAUCAUCAGUCGUCGGCCAAUCAUUCAUUUCUCAAGCCUUCACUACCAAAUAAGCCUCAAUUAACAUCGUCUUCGGGCGGUUCGCAGCGGGCAUUGCCUCAGUCGGGAACAACUGUUGGCAUUCAUAAACUAUUGAAAUCAAAGUCCCAAUCGAUGGACAGCGGCAGCCAUUGCGAGAACAACAGCGGCUCUAAAUUGGUGCUCAAAUCGGUAGACAAGAAGUCGAUUUCGAGCAGCAAAACAGUCAACCCGUGCGACCGGUCGUCCAUUUUGGAGAUUUCCGGUGCCAUCGAAAGGUCGAUAUCGUCACUCAAGUCGUGCCAAUCGUCUCCGACAACGAUACCAUCGGCUCAGACGUCGCAAUCGAUAAUGCAGUUGACCGACAAAAUACAACUGUUUCGACAGUCGUGCAAACAAUACUCGGAAGACAUACCGCCGCAGCAGAGGUUCAAAUUUCGCGAAUUGUUAACCAAAUUUGACCAAAAUUGUGAUCAAUUAAAGACAAACAACUUGUUGGCCACCAAUCGGUCAUUAACUGACAUUCAGAAUACGUUAAGAGAUAUUAUUAAUUUAGUUCAGAGAUAGGGUUUGUUUUUAAUAAUUUAAAAGUUAAAAAAAA